GUUUAUUUAGCAAAUGCUUCGUAAACAAAACUCGGACAUCAUUCACAAAUUUAAUUCAUUCUUAUAAAUCCUUCAUUCAUUAUGUCUCAUCCCAUAAUUGACUUUGAGAGCUCGAGAGAAAAGGAGAAGAAGAGACAACAGGAAAGAGAAGCGAGGAAUUAUAUACUUGAGAAGGCCAAGAAUGAGUUUGAAGUCAGGAAGGCGAGGGAGGAGGUAGCCCGGCAGAGAGGGGAGCACACGUGGAUGCUCUCGUCUGUGGAGGCGAACCUUGAUAGCUCCAAGAAGAAAAAGAAGAAAAAGGAAAAGAAGAAGAAGAAGAAGAAAGAGAAGAAAGCCAAGAAGAGCAAGAAACAUGACUCAUCGUCCUCAAGCAGUAGCAGUGAAGAUGAAGAAGGUGCAUGGGUUGAAAAAUCAACUCCCUCGGCUUCAAUUCCCGCGUCGGUUAAAGAAACCACAGAACAGGAAUCGUCUGCACCUCAGGGCAAGAGAGAUGGCUGGAUGGAGAUGACAUCGUUGUUUGGGACUUUCACCCGUGAUGAGAUGAGGGAGAGAGAGGGAACCUGUCGGAAGAAGGCCAAGGAAGAGGAAGAGGCAAGGAAGAGAGAAGCAAAUAAGCCUGGUUCACACGCUCGUGAGCUGAACCCAUACUUCAAGAACGGCGGGACAGGUUUGCCCGAAGAAGAGCCGCAGCAAAAGGUUUCUGUUGGACUAGAUGCCGCUUGGCUGCGCAGGGCUCUCCAGCGCGCAAAGGAGCAAGCAGAGAAGGAAAAUAAGUCACUGGAGGAGGUUGCGGCUCAGAGAUGGGGUUCCCUUGCCAAAUUCCACGAGCUCUUAGCAGAAGCAGAAGGGCGAGGGAGGAGUCGCCAGGAGGAGCCAUGGCAACAGGGAAGACGAAAUCGAGACAGACUGGAUGAUAGGCACGGUGACCGAAGGAGGAGUAGAAGCAGGGAGAAGAGUAGAAGAGAUCAGAGGAGCAGAAGUAGGGAAAGACAAAGAAGGAGCAGAAGUAGAGAGAGACAAAGGAGGAGUCGAAGCAGAGAGAGAAGGCGAAGCAGAAGUAGAAGCAGAGACAGGCAGAGAAGAAGCAGAAGUAGAGAAUAUGACAGGAGGAAAGAAAAGAGUAGACAUAGGAGAUACAGUAGCAGUUCCAGCAGCUCUGAUAGUGAAAGUGACAGCAGAAGUAGAAGUGGAAGUAGGAAGAGAGAAGAUAUGAGAAGACCUAAAGAGAGCCAAGAAGAUAGAGAAGGUGGAAUAAGGAAUAUAAAAGGGCUCUUAAAACCUCCGAGUGAUGAUUCUGUUCAUGAUAAACAUUCCUCCAGUCUUGCUUCAAGGUUCCAGAAACCAGGGGAAGGAAACAGUUUUAGAAAUAUGAGCUCAGCAUCAUCUAGCAGUUCACGAGGUUGGCAGAAAAAACAAAGACCACAAGAGGAGAGUCAGAGGGAAAGAACUGCAAGUAGAAAGCCAGUUUCUUCUUCAUCGUCAUCCUCAUCUUCAAGUGAAUCUGAAGAGGAACCCCCACAAAAGGUUGAAAAUAUACGAGAAAAAGAACGAGUCGAAGAAACUGUCACUGAAGGUCCAGCGCCUCAAGCCAAAUUGUUGACAGACAAGGAAAUGAAUGAGUUAGCAGCAAAAAUUAUGAAGGCAGAACUUAUUGGAAAUGAGCCACAAGCAGCAAAACUCAAAAAGAAGCUGGAAGUAGCUCGUGCAGCCAGGGCCAGUGCCCCACAAGGAAGCAGGGAAGAUGACGAAGCCCAAACAAAGGAGGAGGUUGUUGUCUUGACGAGGAUGGAUGCCAGAGGUGAGUGCGGAGAAAAAGAACGAGUCGAAGAAACUGUCACUGAAGGUCCAGCGCCUCAAGCCAAAUUGUUGACAGACAAGGAAAUGAAUGAGUUAGCAGCAAAAAUUAUGAAGGCAGAACUUAUUGGAAAUGAGCCACAAGCAGCAAAACUCAAAAAGAAGCUGGAAGUAGCUCGUGCAGCCAGGGCCAGUGCCCCACAAGGAAGCAGGGAAGAUGACGAAGCCCAAACAAAGGAGGAGGUUGUUGUCUUGACGAGGAUGGAUGCCAGAGGUGUAUGCAGGCCUGUAUCAGGGUCAGUUGAAAAAGGUGACGGAAAGAGGAAGAAGAAGAUGAAAACUCACGACAAAGAUGGCCAGAGGACAAAAUAUUUCCCCGAUGAUGAUCAGUAUGACCUCAAACGCAUGUUUGAGAAGGAGAAGGGAACCUCUGCUGCAGAUCAGAACUCGCUCUUUGAACGUUCAGCAAUGCACAAUAGCGAGAAACUCAAUGAGGAGUAUGACCUGGAUGACAUGUUCAUGAGUAAGGCUGUUCAAAAGGAGAGUUCUGCCAAACAAGCGGAAAGAGAUCGACAGAAGGCCAUUGAUGACCUCAGGAAAUCUCUAGUCAGAAUGUUCAAUUCUCGUGACGAAGAUUGCAUAUUCUUUGAGACGGUGAAACGGCUGAGAAAUUAUCCGCACAUGGUCAUCAACUGCGUGCCUCUGCCAAAGGAAAUGGGGGAUAUGGCUCCUAUUUACUUUAAGAAAGCAAUCAUGGAGUGUGAAGCAGAGUGGGCACAAAACAAGAAACUGGUCGACUUGAAGAACCGCAGUGUACGUUCCGCAGUGCCCAAAGGAUUGCCUUACUUCUUUGUUGACUUUGCCAUGGAUCCGGGAUAUGCUCACGUGAUUGAAGACGAGCAGGAUUUCCCGCAUAACUUCGCUCAAGAAAUUGUUGGAGGGAUGUUGGACUUGGAGAAUAACCUGUGGCGAAAACCACGCAAGGAGAAUUUCGAUCAACAGAGGAGGAAAGUAAUGGAGUUUGGUGGUUGGUACAAGGAGUUUGAUCCCACGCAAGAUAAUUAAAUAUUUAUUGAUGCAGUAUGUUUUUAUUUCUAUCUCUAUUUUUCAGUGAUAAGACUUUUAUAAUAGGAGAAAUAAAAGUGGUUGAAUUA